GUUCUGUUAUUGAAGCCCAAACGUGCAGCUGCUCGACACGUCUCUGAACUCCUAAUUCCCAACGAUUGAAGCUUUGUUGCUCCUGUUGUUGAUGGUUAACACUUUGUAUUUUCUCACCCUCGGGCUUGUCUGCCAGGUGUGCAGCUUUAACAAGUAUACUUAGAACUGUGGGCUACCUUUGACUCUAGUGAAGAACAUGAAGACCCAAAGCGAGGACACCAUUCUUCAGGUUCUGCUCUUGAUACACAUCCCUGUGGCCUGCCUCCUUUCUGCAGUCUCAGCUCAGUCUGACAGCAGCAGCAGUGUGGUGGUAGCAGCAUACAAUGUGAGCGCCCCUGCCGGGUCAAAGGUGCUGCUGCAGUGUGUGAGUGGCAGGAUGGUGUGGACCAGGGACAGGGUGAGAGACAGACAGAGGGUGCUCCACUGGGACCUAUACCGGGCCGGUCCGGACUACGCCAUGGAGAGAGUGGUGGACAUGUUCUCAGCGGGGGACCAGAGGAUUUACAACUCCUACAACCUGGGCAGGGUCAGCCUCCCCAAAACAGCCUUUAAAGAUGGAAACUUCUCUCUCAUCAUCAAAGACGUCACGAUGAACGACAGAGGCCUGUACUCAUGUAACCUCCAUCACCUCUACUGUCACCUGUACGAGACUAUCCGAGUACAGCUCAAUGUCACAAAAUCCCGUCGUAAAGAGCAGCGCUUCUGGGAUGGACAGAAGGCGGUGUAUGUGGUGUUACUUGGCAGCACUGUGGUUCUGCCCUGCGUCAAUAGACGUAACGUGUGGACGGACUGGACCAAAGAGGAGGAGGACCAGCAGGUGGUCCACUGGGACCGACAGUCCCCAGGAGUCCGCCAUGACCGGGCAGACCGACUCGUGGACCUGUAUGCUUCAGGGGAACAGCGUAGCUAUGGACCACUGUUUCUCCAGAGGAAGAUGAACAUCAGCAACCAAGCCUUCUCAGAAGGAGACUUUUCACUCUCUAUAUCUGAUCUGCAGCUCACUGACCAGGGGAAGUAUUCCUGCCACCUCCACCAUCACUACUGUGGCCUACAUGAGAGAAGAGAGUUUCAGGUCAUGGUGGGACCCCCAGUGAUACAGCCCACCCUGCCAGCCAAAGCCCUGCCUAGUGAGGACAAAGACACCACUAAGGCUGAAUCACCUCGAGUCAUCAAUGUUAUCCUGCCUGACCAGAGACACCACUUUCUCAUGCCACUGGGCUACGUCCUCACCUCCUUCCUGCUCCUGGCCUUCAUUAUCCUCAUCAUCAUCCUCAUCACACGCAGACGCAGGACUAAAGAGUAUCAUCCACAAGUGUCCAUAAGGUCCAGCAGAAGUCAAAGCAGCUCAGAGGAGUUUGAGAUGGACAUCCCUGAAACGAGCAUGUGCUGCCAGGAGGAAAAGAGAUUUGAGUACAAGAACAACCUUCUGAGAGAAAAGGUCCACAUGAACUCUCAGCCGAAAGUCAUUGAUCUCGACAAAGAGAUGCAAAAGUUUUCUAAGUGAGAGGAUAACAGACGAGUGAAGCUGAGGUCACUGGCUGGUCCAGAGGCUCCAAACUGAACACCUCCAUCCUGCCACAUGUCUUGGCAGGACAUAAAGCGGGAGAGAAAAUUUUGUGAAAAGCAGAAAACGUGUCUUCAAAACAUUAGACAGAGGAAAAAUAUAUUUUUUCUUUCAUUGUAUUUGAUCAAUCAAGAAAUACCGGACUGGGAUAAAUGUGUUUCACAAUAAUGCCACCUAGAGGGGAGAAUAAGCAAAGCCAUGACUGUUCAACCUUUUAAAAAGGUGUUACUGAUUAAAGCUGCCUGAUUUGAACCUUCAGCUACUAAAGCUUUGAUCAUUAUUCCUUAUGUAAAAAAAGACAUAUAUGUGUUUUUUACCUGUUUUUGUCAUAUUAGUCUCAGCUUUAUUGACCCACCACUGAGUGAAGCACUGCCAUCAGUGAGUAUGUGCUGCCUCCUGGAGGAGAGAAUUAACUCUAUGCUAACUGACUGAUGAAGCUGCCCAUGUAAUUCUGUUUUGAUGCUCCAAUCGUAUUUCUGUGAAAUGUUUCACUUAACAAGUAUUAAAAUUUCAUGUGCUGA